AUGUCGUCGACAAUUCGAGGCGGACUCCGGCUCGUCGACAACCAGCAGAUCAGCGGUGCAUUGGACCGAAAGGCUUCAUUAAACAAGACCCCAUUACCAGUACGGAAGGAUUCGAAGAAGGUUGACAAUGACGAUCUGCGAAAAGAAGUCGCAAAAGUUGACACUGCCGCAAUCACAGCUGCGCCUAUCGAAAAAUUAAAAGAAUUCGGUUGUCAAUCUGAUGUGUCGUGUAUGAAGGAGUACGGCCCAGUAACUGCCGAAGAUCUCACAUCUGAAGAACCGUCCACCGCCUACUGGGCAGACUGCGAUCGCUCCUACAGCUCCAAAAUCGACAAAGAACUCGAACGCUCCAUCGAUUUGACAAGUGAACUGCUAAACAUCACACACGAGCUGGAGGAGAAGGUCGGGAUGUACAGCACGUUGCAAGAGUUGCUUGAUGAAGAAUACGAUAUUAUGAUCCCUGACGUCGAGGAAGUGCUGGAAGCGGACCCGGAAACGUUUGGUAUCGAGCCGCCCGCCCAAAUCGAAACAGAACCACGGGAACAA